AUGCUUGACGGUCGGGAGACAUGCGAUUGUUGUGGGGUAGAGUGGGAGAUGGCUGAAUCAUCAUGGUUUUCUAGGGAUUUGGUUGUGUUGGCUGCGUACCGACCUAACCCUCCGGGGACUGGCGAGUCUACCGUGUGGGCACAACACUGGAGUUUCUUUCGCUCUCAAGGUCGGCAGCGUGAACCAAGGGAGGCCUUUAUGGUAGACCUUCUUCGAGCCAUCACCCAAUGGCGCGAUGAAGGCUGUGAAGUAAUUUUGGGGGUCGACGCCAAUGAGGACAUCAGCUCAACCAAGUCCUCUUCCUUUUGUCAACGUCUUCGCGAUGUCGGUAUGGAAGAAGCUAUCCUCCAACAACACUCCGGUCAAACGGCCACCACUCAGCACCGGAACAAAAGGGGCAAACCGGUUAACGGCAUUUUCACAACCUCUGGGGUGGCUGUACAGGCAGGAGGUUACUACAACUUUGAUGAGUUUUUCUCCUGCGACCAUUGUGGUCUUUGGAUUGAUAUCGACCUGGAGAAAUCUUUGGGCGGGUACAAACCACAGAAGACCCCGUACAAACCCCGCAAACUUACUAUGUUGGAUACUACAGCAGUCCGCCGCUACCUGCAGCUCGUUCACAAGGGCUACGAGGAAUACUCCAUCUCAUCUCGAUUGGCGUCCCUACACCACCAACUACAACUAAAUGAAGGGACCAUGACAGCCAAAAUGGGUCGUCAUUAUAACUGCCUGCACCACCAGAUGUACGUCGUAAGGCGAAAGGCGGAGGAAAAAUGUAGACUGGUCACUAAUGGAUCGGUGCCCUGGUCUCCUAAGAUGCAACAGUUUUGGGACUGUCAAUCCUUGUGGAAGAUUCUUUUGAAGGGGAGGAAGGGUUGCCGGGUGAGUUCACGUAAAAUCUGCAGAUUGAUGCAGAAGGUUGAGAUACCGGACGCGUGGACAAAGACGACAACGGAAUUGGAGGCCGCCCUCCGUCAGGACCGGAAGGAAUACCUUGAGGCUAAGACCCAUUAUGCUGUGAAGUGGCGCAAGGAAUUUUUGACUGUGCAGGAGGCGAAGUCCAAGAAGAAACAAUGGCGGUCGCAAAAGGCCAGAGACCGUUUCCUGAGGUUACGGCGGAUGAAGCAACGGGAGGAGGCAAGACGCCGACGCCGCGCCCAGGCAAAAGGACCUAAUGGGGGAUUACACGCGAUUCAAGUCAAAGAGAGGCUGCCUUCAGGUGAAGUGGGCUUGCAGACUGUCUCUGAAAGGAGUCAAGUGGAACAGGGUUGCAUGCAGGAGAAUUGCGCACGGUAUGAUCAGACCAGAUCGCCUCAUAUGACCCCUCCAAUAGAUGCUCCAUUGUACCAAAUGUUUAAUGGCCAUGACGCGGAACAAAACUCCCUUGCCCUUCUUGAAGGGCGCCUUCCUCUACCAGAUGGCAUUGACUAUCCAACUCGGUCCUUCCUUUCUCAGUGCAGGUUCCACAAAGAUCAUUCUAUGUCACCUCUGGAGGUUUCUACUGAAGAUCACACCUACUUCUGGUCUCGGAAUCCGGAACACAAGGGCUCUGAACCUCAUGGCCUGCAUAAUGGCCACUUUAAAGCUGGGAUUCUCUCCCCUAUGAUCGCCCAGUGUGACGCCUUGUUUCGGCAUAUCCCUCUAACUACUGGGUUCGUUCCUGACAACUGGCGACAUUUAAUGAAUUUUGCCAUUGAAAAGAAGCCCGGGGAGUUUCGCCUGAAGAAAAUGCGAACAAUUCAGUUGAUGAACUCUGAAUCCCAGGCCAAUUAUAAGCAACUCGGUCGUUUGGCCAUGACUUAUGGCGAAGACCAUCACCUGAUUGCUGAUGGUCAAUUCGGGUCCCAAAAGCACCAUCAAGCGAUUGAUCUCGCCCUGUCGAAGCGGCUGGUGUGGGACCUACUGAUUCUCCAGCGUCGAUUGGCAGGGUGGAUUUCGAACGAUGCCAAGUCAUGGUUUGAUCGGGUAGUUCACUGGGUGGCAGUGGUUGCCAUGAUGCGGUUGGCCAUUAUGUGGAAUGCACUUUGGAUGAUGUUUGACACACUGGCAACAUCCACACAUCAAGUGCAAAACGGCUUUGGAGAUUCCGAAGCAAGCUUUUGA